AUGUCAUUUGAAGAUAAGGAAUCCCCUAUCGAAGUUGAUGUUCAAUCUUUGGACGAGCCCAUUGAUAUCAAGGCUGAAAAAAAACUGAUACAUAAGUUUGACUACAGAUUAGUGCCUUUCUUUUGUGUUUCGUACUUUUUUUCGUCUUUGGAUCGCUCUAACAUUGGUAAUGCAAAAGUCGCUGGAAUGGCAACCGAUUUGAAUAUGACUGAUGCCCAGUUUUCUAACAUUGCAAGUGUCUUAUACGCGACAUAUAUCCCGUUCAUGGUACCUGGCGUUUGGUUCAUGAGACGAUUUGCAAGACCAAAAUACUAUCUUGGAACUAUGAUCAUUGCUUGGUCUCUUGUGACUAUUUUCACCAUUUUUGUGAAAAGUUACGGUGCGAUGAUUGUUGUGAGACUUUUAAUAGGGCUAUGUGAAGGUUCUUACUUGAGUUGCAUGUCAGUCAUAGCCACUGAUUAUUACUUUCCCCAUGAGCUUGCUAGAAGAAGUGCGUACUAUUUUGUUGCAUCUUCUUUUUCCGGAUCCUUUGGUGGUUUAAUUGCAACUGGAAUUACAGCUAUUAAAAGUGGCAAGCUUGAAUCAUGGAAGUAUUUGUACUUGAUUGAAGGACUUCUAUCAUUGGCAGCUGGUAUAUGGGUUUUUAUACUUUUCCCUGAUAGUCCUCACGUUCUAACAGUUACUGAGACCGAAAAGAAAAUUCAAGCAGACAGAGAUCGCAGAAAAGCUGUCUACAUGGGUGAUACAAAAUUCAGCAAACCUGAAUUGUGGUCGGCGUUAGAUUGGAGACUUGCUGUUUCAAUUGUUAUUCAGUUCUGCCAGGAUAUUUGUCUUUAUGGAUUUUCGACCUUCUUGCCAGUUAUUCUGAAGUCAGGAUUGGGAUUCAACAAGAUGGAGGCACAGUAUUUGACUGUUCCCAUUUACUUUUUAGCAGGAGGACUUUACCUUGUUCAGGCUGAAAUUUCUGACAGGCUCAGAAAACGUGGACCAGUUUUAAUGUUUGGUACUUCGAUUGCCAUAAUUGGUUAUAUUAUUUUGUUGGCUGUUAAAAGUUCUGCAGUGAAGUACUUUGCCUGUUAUCUCAUAUGCUUUACUCUCUAUCUUGGCACAGGUUUGAACGAGAUUUGGCUGGCUUCGAAUACAGCUCCGGCUUUUAAGAGAGGGACUUCGAUUUCCCUCAAUCUGUCUCUUGGCAACGUUGCUGGUGCAGUUAGUCCGCAGGUUUACCGAGACGCCCCUGACUACACUUUGGGUCACGCCUUUACACUAGGUUGUCUAGUUGUUUGUCUUUUCGCAGUUGCUCUUCAAUCAUGGGGCUACAAGCAAAAAAACAAACUACACCAGGAAAUUUUGGAAUCUGGAGUUGACAAUAGGACAAAAUCCCGUAAACAUGGUGAUGAUGAUCCAUCAUUCAAAUUCUUGACCUAA